AUGAUGUCUUCUCGCCACGCUCCCGAUUCCGCACCUACUCCGCCUCUCGAUCCAACCUUUGGCAUCGAGAUCGAAUGCAUUCUCUUGGAUGUGUCUUCGGGUAACGAGAGGCACGAGCGUGCCGCACGCCAGUAUCUUGCGCAGACGGCUGUACACGCAGCACUCUCUCGUGCGACUACAGCGCAAUGCGCUAGGUGCGGAGAAAAGUACAAAUACACUCUUCCACUCAAUGAGCCGACCCACUAUAGGCUCAAGGUCACCCCGGAACACAGCCGCUGGACGGUUUCCUACGACCAAAGUCUGAGACUCUCGCCGGAUGAGAGGAUCAUCAUGGGCGCUAGUCCCAUUGCUGACGAUGCCGUCUGGUCACCAACACCAGCCGAACUUGCCAUUGAGAUCAACAGCCGAGUGCUCUCGUGGAACGUUGACACUUCUGAGCCGGAGCACGAAAAGCAUACACACCGGAUCUCCGCCGACGAUGAGGUGAGACUUGUCUACCGCUUGUUGAAUGAAGACUUUGUGAAUAACGACAGUGCAGCAUACAAGAUGCUAACAAAUCCGUCGUGCAGCACGCACGUUCACAUCGGCAAUGGCAAGAACGGCUUCCGCGUGCCCACGGUCAAGAACAUUGUCUCCACCGUCUUGGCCUGCGAGCGACCUCUGGACACUAUCCAUUCCGUUGAUCGGAUCGGAGGGCGCAAUGGCGAAGGCAAGGUCAACCCGUCACCUUACAACAAUCCCUGGUCGGCGCAUAUGAUGGAACUGGUUCUGCGACCCGCUAAUCCAAGUCGUUUCCCAUGCAUUGAGUUCCCCAAAAACGCUGCUCUGGAGCAAGCGGCCAAACAAUUCGAUGUCCCUUCUUGGCUGACUAUCAUUGGAUGUACUAAUGGCGUUGACGACCUGAAAGCUUGUCAGCAUCAGUACGGGCAUCAUUCGACGGUCAAUCUGGACAAUCUGCGGGAUGAAAACAACUUGCAAUCCUCCCACCAUUUCUUACAGACCAUUGAAUUCCGUCAGCACGCCGGAACAUUGUCUGCUGACAAAAUCAUGGCGUGGGUUGAGGUGGUCGUCAAGAUGGCUGAAUUCGCUGACUCUCACACAGAGCAACAGAUCACAGAUCUUUGCAAUGGCGAUUGGGCAGCAGAUGAUCACAACAUUCACCGCCUACUGCUGAGGAUCGGCGUUUCCCAAACGACUCGUGAACAUUACGCCUCUCGUGCGAAUGGCGGCGACAGCAAGAAGGGCACCGCAGAGCAACAGUCGGACUCGCCAGACCCGUUGACCCGCCGCGAAAGAGUGGACGCAGUCCUCACUCAUGCCCGUGGAGUCGAAAAUCGGAAUGCAUCUCCAGCCAACAUCCUACGCAGGAUCCGCGAAAAGUUCUUCAGUGGCUGCUACGGCCAGUUCAGCCGAGAUCUAGUCGAAAAGCUGCGAGCGUCCAAAACGCUCACGGGCGAUGAGGAGGACCAGCUGGAGAAGCUGACGAUCGGCUGGAGGCCCGAGGGAAUGACUGAAGACGACUCUUGA